AAUGCAAAGCGAUAGUUUCGUAUCAAGCAGCGAGAACAUUCCAAAUCCCCAUUUCAUCGAUUCUAAAACAAAUCUCUUCUAGUUAUCAAACUCAAAUGCUGGCAUUGAAUUUUUGAGACCAUUUAGAGGGUCUCAGACAAAGUGACUUUUCGAGGGAACUUCACCAGCAGAAGCACGCGGUGUUUAGCGACUUAGGCUAGCUGCUUCAGUCUAAAACACGAACUAAUAUUCACAUCCAUGGUCUAAAACAACAUUGUCUGCACAUCUGUAAGUUACUUCCAACAUAUGCGCUUUGCUGACACCAGUGACAGAAUGACAAGCAAACGCAAACCAGAAGUGCAGGUUCCUGCAGAAGAGAGUGAUGAGCUCCUCAUUAGGCCACUGGGAGCUGGGCAGGAGGUGGGUCGGUCAUGUCAUUUAAUUGAGUUCAAGGGCAAAAAGAUACUUCUGGACUGUGGGAUACAUCCAGGAAUGCAUGGUGUGGCUUCUUUGCCAUUCCUAGAUAUGAUUGAUCCAGAAGAAAUAGAUCUCCUUCUGGUGAGCCAUUUUCACCUGGACCACAGUGGAGGCCUGCCAUACUUUAUGGAGAAAACAAAGUUCAGAGGGAGGUGCUUUAUGACACAUGCAACAAAAGCUAUCUAUCGCUGGCUGUUAUCAGAUUAUGUGAAAGUCAGCAACAUCUCUACAGAUGACAUGUUGUACACAGAUGCCGACAUUGAGAAAAGCAUGAGCAAAAUAGAAACCAUCAAUUUUCAUCAGGAAAUGGAAGUGAAUGGUGUACGCUUUUGGUGCUACACAGCAGGUCAUGUGUUGGGAGCAGCCAUGUUCAUGAUGGAGAUUGCUGGAGUGAAGAUUUUAUACACCGGUGACUACUCUCGUCAAGAAGAUAGGCAUCUCAUGGCAGCAGAACUGCCAAAUGUUCAUCCUGACAUUGUGAUUAUUGAGUCCACAUAUGGAACACACAUUCAUGAAAAUCGCGAGGAACGAGAGCACCGCUUUACAAGCCUUGUUCAUGAUAUUGUCAACCGGGGUGGAAGGUGCCUUAUUCCAGUCUUUGCUCUUGGCAGAGCUCAGGAGUUGCUGCUAAUUUUAGAUGAAUACUGGAGCCAACAUCCUGAACUGCAUGACAUUCCAAUAUAUUAUGCAUCACAGCUUGCAAAAAAGUGUAUGACUGUGUACCAGACAUACAUCAAUGCUAUGAAUGAAAAAAUUCGUCGUCAGAUCUCCAUCAGCAAUCCCUUUGUUUUCAAACAUAUAAUCAACCUUAAGAACAUGGAGCAGUUUGAAGACAUUGGUCCAUCUGUAGUGCUGGCUAGUCCAGGAAUGAUGCAGUCAGGUUUGUCACGUGAACUCUUUGAAGCAUGGUGCACAGACAAGCGCAAUGGCUGCAUCAUUGCAGGUUACUGUGUGGAGGGAACAUUAGCAAAACACAUCCUGUCAGAGCCAAGUGAGAUACAGACAAUGAGUGGUCAAAAGUUGCCAUUAAAAUGCUCUGUGGACUAUAUUUCAUUCUCAGCACAUGCUGAUUAUAAACAAACCAGCGAAUUUCUAAGAGCCCUGAAACCUGCACAUGUGGUCCUUGUGCAUGGUGAAGCCAAUGAAAUGGCACGGCUAAAGGCUGCUCUCAUUAGGGAAUAUGAAGAUGAUCCUGAUUAUCAAAUGGAGGUCCACAAUCCACGCAACACCACAGCUGUUCACCUUCACUUUCGAGGUGAAAAGAUGGCAAAAGUUGUUGGAGAGCUUGCUGCCAAACCUCCAGUGCAAGGUCACAAAAUUUCUGGCAUCCUUGUGAAGCGGAAUUUUAACUUCCACCUCAUGGCUCCCGACGACUUGCAUAGCUAUACUGAUUUGGCCAUGAGCACUGUAACACAGCGUCUUAGUGUUGGGUACACCGGCACCGUGCAGCUCCUCAAAUUCUAUCUUGGCCAGCUAGCAGGGGACAUCUGGCAGACUACAAAUGCAGGUAUCACCACACUGCGAGUCUUCAACGCCAUCACUGUGACUCUUCAGCCCCACAUGGCCAUUGUAGAGUGGGUGGCCAAUCCAGUGACAGACAUGUAUGCUGAUGCUGUGGUAACAGUCAUACUUCGGGCAGAGCGAGACCCAGUGCCACCGAAGAAUGUUCCAGAUAUAAUGGCCAUUGAUAAAGCACACUUCCAGGAGUGCCUGCUAGAGACUUUGGAAGAAAUGUUCGGCACAGGGUGCACAGACAAGCUGUUUCAGCGGGAUCGCUUGACGGUUAUUGUGGAUGACAAGCAAGCUAUUAUUAACUUGGACACUUUGGAGGUUGUUUGCUGUGAUGAUGCUUUGCAGCAAGUACUGCAGUCUGUCAUCACUAGACUCCAUCAAGCAAUCACUCCAUUGAGAGCAAAUCAGUGAAACAAGACUCUAAACAUGCUUUCAAAGAAAGCAUCUUCAUCAAAGAAAGAAAACAGUGGUGCUCACCUCAGGUAAUGUUACGGCUGGAGCUGACAAGUAAAUUCAUGAGCUAUUAUAAAUAUCAGUGGUCACCACCAGUAAAGAAACAAAUUUGAUGCCCAGUUUUAAUUAUACCAUGUCCUUAGAAGGAGAUUGCACAAUGGAACUUGUUAUCUACCAUAAAAAAAUUAGUGUCUAAUUCUAAAAGUACUAUUUGCUCAUACAUUGCAUAGUGUUCAUUCAUAUUGUUUAUGCUGAAUUUCAGUCUUGAAUGAUACAGACAUGCAUAAAUUCUGUAGAAAGUAAGCAGUUUUAAAAACAUUCGUGAUGUGAUUUAAAUUGAAUUAUAAAUACAGUUUUAAUGUUAAAAAGUUAUACAACAGAUAACUUGAAAACUGUAAACUGAAAAGAGUAAUGUAGAUGCGUUAUCUAUAAUAAAAUUGCUUUUCAGAAUA